AUUAUAUUCAUCUAUUUUAACAAAUAAAAUUUGAAUUGUUUGAAAAAAAUAAAUAUUUAUUAAAACGUAUUUUUAAUUUUAAAGCUAAAUUUUGAAUUCAAUGUUGAGAUUAAAGCCUUUUAUAAACCUCACAUUCUCCAAAAUACAUAAUAAUGUGUAUAAAUUAUAUUCCAAAGCCGCCGAACAGCCAGAAGCAGCAUUAAGCUUAACUGAUGCUUUGGGUGCUCAAACGGAAGGAACUGACAGAUCAACUCCUGCAAUAACUAUUGCUUUUAAUCCAUGUAAAUCUAUGUCGAUUGUUUCAGUAUCAGCUGAGAGUCAACAAUCUGCAGAAAGUGGAAGGGGUGGGCCUAAGAAAGCUGGCGGUUGCAAUAAACAAGUUGCACCCAAGGGGAAAAAAGGUAAAAAAUGUGGUCAACCUAAGCCAGUACAACCUAAAGAUCCUGGACCUCCUGGAGGAUAUUAUAUACUGGACAAAUGUGACAUAUAUGAAAUACCCAAGACAAAUGCGAAAAAGUGGAAAGCUAUUUCGUAUGCUUUAGUUCCAUUAGCUCUGGGAUUGUCUGCUAUUGUUCUAGCUACCAGAGAGGAGGGUCCAGAACCUGAAUAUAUUCCCUAUGAAUACAUGUACAGACGUACUAAACGUUUUCCAUGGCGUGAUGGUAAGACAUCGUUGUUCCAUGGACCAAAUAAUUUAAUACCCGAAGAGGAAGAAGAACGUUUAGACCGUGAAGCAGAAGAAAAGCAAGCUCAAACCCCACCACCCAAAAAAGGAGAAAAAGCUCCACCUACAGCAGAAAAAGAUAAUGUCAGAUAUAAAAAACAUGUGAAUGAAGAGGAAGACAAAAUUAAAAAACGCGAGCAACACGCUCAAGAAGAAUUAGAGAGACGCAAAAAACGUCAUGAGGAAGAGCGGUAGAACAAGGAAAUUGACGAAGCCCAAAAAGAACAAUCACAAUAGAAAUAAAAUUUUAUGUUAUAAAAUAAAUUUAUUUGUAUUCUAUAUACAAUGAAUAUAAUUUAACAUUUUCUAACAUCUGCC